AUGGCUGCUGCACCGUCGGGCAAGAAACGCAGGGACGACGAUCAGUCCAUUUUCCCGACCGCUGCGGGCGCGGCGAAAGGACGCUGCUUCUUGCUGCAGCCCCGGCAGACUGAUAAUCACGGUGAAGUAAUUAGCAACCGAAGGAAUGCAAUUGAAGGACGCCGGAAAUUGGGUUCGGCGAAGGAAGAGUCUGCCGCCGUUCUGCCGUUGAAACUCGCGUCUCGGGAUAAAGUUUCGUGCACGGUAUCAACGAAGAAGGUUUCUGUAACGACCAAAGAAGACUCGGCAAAGGAAGAUUCUGCUGCUGCUGCUGCUGCUGAUAUCCGGGACAGCCGAGAUUCGAUAUGCCGCAAAGGAAGACACGAGGAAUCGAAAGUUGGCGGGGGCGCAACGUCGCGCAGUCAGCGGGACGACGAUUCCGACGGAAGUGAGGCGAACGACGGGGUUGCGGGGCUGUGUGUUCCAGAUGCGCGAUUACGGGAUCGGGAUCGGGCUGAUCCGGUCGAAUCGGCGCUGCGGGACGAGCUGAACUACCGGUUGACGCUGCACCGGCUGGAAACCGAGGAGAAGCGGCUGAAAGUGAAAAUCGCUGAGAUGGCUAUUCAGGAGAUUCGAUUCAGGAUCCGGGCUCUGAACGAGGACAUUCGACGCGCGGAUGAGCUGCACGAGUUGCAUCUGGCACUUGCGACGGCUCAAGCGGUAAGCCCGAUCGAAUCUCUUGCCAACGCGAUAGCGCAAAAGCGCUAUUCUCCGCAAUACGCUUUUGUCGUCCGCAGUCAAUAGGUUCAUUAUUUUUUUAUCUCUUACCUUUUCCUUUACACGCGCGCGUGCGCGCGCCAGUUUUGUGUCGUUUGAUUUCUUCGCGAGGGACCCGAUAAUCUAAUGUCUCGUUCAAUCGAAGAGCUUUUUCUGGCCUUCGAAUAUAAAUCUACCGUAAUCGUUAAGGAAAAUAUUUUUCAUGGAAACAUAUUUUCACGUAAUACCCUUUGCGACAUUGUACAGAAGGUUUAUAGCGUCAAUGUUGCAACGCGGAAUGAGCCUCGUGAUUACUUACGUGUCGUUUGAAUUUAUUUUGCGGUAAAAUAAAGUCCCUUGACUUUAAUAUUUGCACGACAUCUUGCGAAAAUCUAAAAAAUAUCUCAAUUAUUACUCCAUUAAUAUUUUUCAGGUAAAUUAAAUUUUUGCCUUUGUUAAUUUUUGGUAACAUAUACUGUGAAUAGAUAUACAAAAGUAAAGCCUUGAGGGAUAUUUAUACAGCAUAUAAAGUGUAGAAAACUAUAUAUUUUUUAUUGAAAAGCACUUUUUUAAAUAUACGAUAUAUAGUUUAAGUGUACAUUAUUUUUUCCGUUUUGCAAUAAUUCAAUGUAUUGAAUCACGUUAACAUUGCAGGUUAAAGGAUUAUAUAUUAAAUAAUUAAUAAAAUGGGGCAACCAUUAUAUUGACGAAAAAUUUGUUAGAAGAAAAUUUUAUAUUAUUUAUGUAAACUUUUCUUUUUUAAAGAAACGACUCUCUUGUUUCCACAGGCACAAUACUUUUGUGCGAUAUUGUAAAAAGAUGAGAAAUAGCGAUACUAAUUAGAGAUAAGUGUACUUGUACAUUCUGUACUUUAGGGAUGAUGCAUAAAGAUUUUGUUUUUAUUAACAGAAUACCCAAAGACUGAAUAUUUAAGGAUUACGCAGUUCUACAGGAAGGAAUAGCAGCUGGAAGGAUUCUACAAGAAGGACAGGCGCCGGAAGUUACGUAGAAAGAAAAACAGCCGUGUGUGCUUGAAGUUAUUUUUAUUAUUCGCCAUCAUAUCGUAUGUCACGAUGUCGUCAUUUAGAAAAAACGCAUGGGGCCAUACAAAAUAACAAUGCGCUUAGAUUUUUGUGGUAACCGAGCAACGUCUCGAGGUCGCGUCACCUGCUUGCAUUCGCUCUCUGCUUCCGUUCUUUUUCUCCACCUGCUCUUUCUCCCCAUUUUUUUUUUGCCUUUUCCCUCUCCGUUGCAGACUCAGAGCAAAUGCAACCAUUUCAACGGAUCGUCGAUCGUACAACAAACUACGGAACAAUAAUUUUACAUCACCUAACAAGGUCGCCUUUCGUUCCAUCAGCACCGCGCUUCUACCUCCCUAUCGUUUAACAUCGUGCCUUUCCUUCCCUCCCUCGUUUCCGUCAUCUCGCUCCAUCUUCUUCGCUCCAUACUUAGUAUUUCUCCUCGUAUUUAGUGAUUGUUAAUAAUUAUCACAGAAAGUUCGUAAAACAAUGAUGUUGCCGUUUAUUAAGUGUACGUGUCGUGUUCCCCUCCUUCCGUGUGCACGGAGCGGAUGCAAUUGUUUCGAGUGUGUUUGCGCGCGUGUACGUGUGUGGACAGUAUACGAUGUGUUUAUGGGCGUGUCUCCCUCGAGAAUGUAUAUUAUGCAUUUUAGACGGAAAAGUUUCGCAUGUUGCUGCAAAUAUAGUAACAGUAGUUUAGCGUUAGAGUACAUACUAGCGGUAACAGUAGCGGUACAAGUAGCGAUAAGUAUAUAACGGUACACAUUAGAAUAGCCUUCGUGCAUCUCGCACGCUUAAGAAUAGCGAUAUCUUACUAUAGUAUAGAGAAUAUACUUUUCCAUUUUAUUUUUAACAUUAUCGUCGAAAAGUUGCCCUUUCCGAGGUCGCCGAUGCGUAAAACAAGUGGCGAGGAAUAGAGAGAGAGAGAGAGUGUGUGAGAGAACAAUAGAAGGAGUGUGAGAGAAGGUAUAUAAUUGUGCGGAGAGAGAAAUGUCGGAAAAAACUCAUGCUUAUCCCAGGUUAUCGUGUCUCCGUUCAAUUCCAUUGCAAUUCCGUUUUAGAUUUGUCGCCUCCCAGAGCGCUUGUCCUCGGAAGUGACUAUCGAAGGAAACGUAUGAAUAAUUCACGGUAUUGACCGCCGUAUUUACACUUUGCAAUUUCGCAAUGCCGUUCAAGUAGUAUAUUUAACGCGAGGAUGCUUACAACUUAAAAUCCGCUUACCGCAGAGUGAAACUUAGGAUUAGUACACCGAGACUGUUCCAAAACUGCCGUUACUCUUUCCACCUACGAUUUCUUAAACCGUUUGCAAUUCUUAGAGAAAUAUAGCCGAAUGAUGUUUUCUCGACUUCAAAUUGUUUUUUUUUUUUUUACGCUCAGUUAUUAGUUAAUAUUAAAUUUGUACGUACUGAUAAUUUACACUUAGGCGUAUUAAAAGUUUAUUUCAAAUUAUAAUUAAGCGAUCUUUGGACAACGUAAAACGUCGGAGAGUACAACGGAAACGAGAUAUUCUAGCUAAAUUGUCUCGCGCGUGGUCAAAGGAUUCGUUAAAUGGGAGAAGCGGCAACAGUUUUGGAUACGCUAUAUUAUCACGUAAACGCUCUUGUUAACGUCAACCUUCUAUAACUCACAGUGAAAUAACGUCCUAACAUCUAUUUUCACGCUUAUCGUGAUAGAUAUAUCGAUUCAUGUAUGUAUACCUCUGUGUGAAAUAACCAACGCUUCCCGGAGGAGUAAUACACUCCGAGUGGCUCAAUAACAAUCGGAAAAUGGGUUACAGAAGGUUAAGCCUCACAAUCCUUUACGAGGCACGUAUAAAGCUGCAACUGAUUUAUCUCUGACUAUUAAUAACAGAAAAAAAAAAAAAAA